UAAAACUUUUUUAUUGUCAUUGUACAGUUGCUUGCACAGAGAAAUUAGGUAGCAAGACCACAAAGGUGCAAAAGUAAAGAAAAUAAUAUAAAAAAGAAGAACAAUAUAAAAACAGAGUAGAUCAGUCUGCAGCCUGUUCCAUCUCAGAACCCUCAAGAAAUGGAGGCGCUGCUGGGCUUUCUUCAUUAAGGCGGAUGUGUUUGUAGUCCAGGAGUGUCUGGGAUGAUGGUAUUGAAAGCUGAGCGAAAUCAAUGAAGAGCAUCCUCACUGAAGUCCCAGGAUUCUCCAGGUGAUGCAGAGCAGAGUGGAGGGCAGUGGAAAUUACAUCCUCGGUGGACCUGUUUGCCUUAUAGGCAAACUGGUGGGGGGGUUAAAGCUGGGUGGGAGGCGGUCCUUAAUGACCUAUAGGACCAGCCUCUCAAAGCACUUUGCAAACUCAGGUGUCAGUGCAAUGGGUCUGUAAUCAUUGAGGCCACUGAGCGUGGUGGACUUGGAGACUGGGACUAUUGUUUCAGAUUUCAGGCAGUGAGGGACAGUGUAACAGGGAGAGGUUGAAUAGUCUGGUGAACACAGGAGCCAGCUGGUCAGCGCAGACUUUGAGCACUCUACCAGGUAUUCUGUCAGGGCCAGCAGCUCUCCCCUGAUUUACGGCUCUGAACAAACUGUGAACCUGGUGUUCUUGGAGGGUAAAUGUGUGUGGGCUGUGAUCAGAGGCUAUGGGCAGGGCGGUGUGCAUGGUAGGGGUGUCUACAGUUCUCUGGAAGUGGGCAAAUAAGUCAUUUAGUUCUUCUGCUAAUGAGAUGUCCAUGCUAUCUGCAUUUGUCCCGCUGCCUUUGUAAUUGGUGAAGUGUUUCAGGCCCUCCCAUACCUUUCUGGGGUUGUUAUCUGAGAGCUGAUCCGAUAGUUUACUCGAAUAGUCCAGUUUUGCUGCUCUAAUGCCUUUUUUAAGGUCUGCUCUUGCUCUGCUGUACAUAUCCUGGUCCCCAGAUUUGUAUGCAGAGUUACGUGCCUUUAACAAUGCACGAACCUUACUUGACAUCCAGGGUUUUUGGUUGGGGUAGACCCAGACCCGCUUUUCCAUGGUGACAGUGUCAAUGCAAUAUAUGAUGUAACCCAGCACUGCAGCUCUGUGACUAUCUAGGUCAUUAUGUUCAAAGACACUCCACUCUGUGAGGGCAAAACAGUCCUGCAGCUGAGCCAGAGCUUCCUCAGAAAUGGUGUUAAUAGUUCUGAUUGUGGGCUCUGUCCUUUUACUGAGUGGUGUGUAUGAAGGGACAACGAGCAGAGAGAGGUGGUCGGACAUACUCAGGUGUGGGAGGGGAACAGAUCUGUAGGCCUGGUUGAUAUUUGAGUAAACAUGUGUGUUAUUCCCUCUCAUAGGGCAUGUCACAUGUUGAACAAAUUCAGGCAGCACAGUUGUUAAGCAUGCUUUGUUGAAAUCCCCUGCGAUGAUGUGUACUCCCUCUGGAUAUCUCCGUUGCUGUUCAGAGAUCGAGUCGUGCAGGUGGGCAAGGGCUGAGCUAACAUUAGCGUCUGGAGGUAUGUAGACUGCUGAUAGUAGCACUACGGGCAGUUCUCUGGGCAAAUAAAAUGGUCUGCACACGACAGACAUUGUCUCUAUGUCCGGGGAGCAGACUGUGGUGAUUAUCUUAGUGUUUGUGCACCAGUUGUUAUGUGUGUAAAUGCACAAACCUCCACCUCUGCUUUUACCUGCUGUAGCCUCUCCGUCGCUGCGGUGCAUUGUGCGGCCUGCUAGUUGCAUAGAGGCGUCGGGAAUUUCCUCUCGUGGCCAUGUCUCUGUGACGACCAAGGCACAACAGUCGCGGACGAGUGGCUGUGCGGGGAGAAAGGUCGUAUGAUUCCAGAGGAUCUGGAUGAAAAAAUAGAGCUGUCCAAAUCUCAGGGUGCGGUGCCAUUUCUUGUAAGCUGCACAUCAGGGACCACAGUGCAGGGUGUGUUUGACCCGCUGGAUCACAUAGCUGAUAUUUGUGAUAAACACAAGCUGUGGAUGCAUGUAGAUGCUUGCUGGGGAGGGAGCGUGCUUUUUUCUAAGAAACACAGACAUCUGAUGAAAGGAGUUGACAGAGCAAAUUCAGUAGCAUGGAAUCCCCACAAGAUGCUGGUGGCUGGCCUGCAGUGUUCUGCUUUACUCCUGAGGGACACCACGAAUUUGUUGAAGCAGUGCCACAGUGCCAAUGCCACAUACCUCUUCCAGCAAGAUAAGUUCUACGAUGUGAACCUGGACAUUGGGGAUAAGUCUGUGCAGUGCAGCCGCAAGGUGGACUGUCUGAAGCUGUGGUUGAUGUGGAAAGCUGUUGGCUCCAUGGGCUUAGAAGAGCGUGUAGACAAGGCUUUUAUUCAUGCAAGAUAUCUGGUGGAGCAGAUGAUGAAAAGAGAGGGGUUCCAGCUUUUGAGCAUGCCAGAGUUUGUGAAUGUCUGCUUCUGGUUCAUACCACCGAGUUUGAGAGGGAAGGAAGGAACUGAAGAUUACCAGGAGAAACUGGCAAAAGUAGCUCCUGUCAUCAAGGAACGUAUGAUGAAGCAAGGCACUAUGAUGGUCGGCUACCAGCCUUUGGGAAACAAGGUCAACUUUUUCCGUGUGACUGUAUUCUCUCCCCUACUGUCCCAGAAAGACAUGGACUUCUUCCUUGAUGAAAUUGAAAGACUAGGAAAGGACCUGUGAGAAAGCCCAUAAGUGAACACCUUGCUCUUCAGAAAAUUUGAUUGUGCGUUUAAUGCUGGUCAUUGUAAUUUUACAAAUAACAACAAACUAGUCAAAUUGUGUUCAUUUCAAUAUCUGAUUUCCUAGAUUCCAACAGCUGUUAAAUAAAUAAAUAAAGGUUACUUGGUAUUACAAACUUUAUACCACCAUGUUCUUUAUUGUAAAGGAGUUUAAAACAUUUUUGGAGAAUGCCUACCCUUUACAUUUUAUACCUAACUAAUUACUGAUUUUUUUUUUUUUAAUUGAUUCCAAGAAAAGUGAUUGGGGUUUUUGUUUUCUUUUGUUUUUACCCAGAAAAGCAGUUCAGGGUCACAAUGCCUUUCUGUAAGUGCAAUGUAAAACAAACAAUAAAACAAA